AUGACCGAUCAAAAUAAUACUGCAGCAAUCGCUUCUGAUGAAACAAUCGAACGAAUUGCUCAAAUGAUUGCCAAUGCUCAUAGAGUAUGUGUAUUCACAGGAGCAGGUGCCUCUGCUGAGAGCGGAGUAGAAACCUUCAGAGGAUCCAGUGGAUUAUGGACAGGAUUGAUCGGAAAGAUUGUGUUAGGAUACUUUGGAACACCAUUAGGAUGGAGUAUUUCUCCAAAAAUUUGUUGGACUCAAUAUGUAAAACGUUUUUAUGAACCUAUUGCACAGGCUCGUCCAAAUCCAGGUCACUAUGCAUUGGCUAAACUUCAAAAACAUGUCUUUCCUUCGUUACAAAUUAUUACACAAAAUGUUGAUGGUUUACAUCAGAGAGCAGGUUCAGAUCCUGAUACCACCUAUGAAGUACAUGGUACAGUGAGAAGACAUUGUUGUGUAUCGGAACGUCAUCCCUUUGAUUUUGAACAAUAUAAAAGAGAACAUCCAGAAGAGUAUCAUGAAAGCGAUUUAAAUAAUGAUUCUCAGAGGAGUCUUCAUGAAGGUAAUAAUGAUGCUGGUGGUGGUGGUACAAGUACAGUUGAAAUCUCAGAAGAAGAAUCAUCCUCACUCAAUCCACAUGAAAUUCAUCCCAUUGAAAAAUUACCUUACAAAUCUCCAAACUGUCAAUAUCCAGGAUGUAAAAGCACACUGAGACCAGAUUGUGUUUUAUUCACGGAAGGAUUACCUGUGGAUCAAUGGAAUCGUUCCUAUGAUGCUGUUCGUAGAAUGCGUGAAGGAGAUGUCAUGCUAGUCAUUGGUACAUCUGCCAAGGUAUAUCCAGCAGCAGGUUUACCUUCUGUUGCUGCUAAACGAGGUGCCUAUAUCAUAGAGUUCAAUAUUGAGGAAACAGAUUAUAAUACCUUACCAAAUUAUCAUUUUGUGAAAGGACCAUCUGGUGUGACUCUUCCACGAAUUGUUGAUCGUGUGAUUGAAUUACGAAAGAAUGAUCAUUCUCAACUACUACCACCACCACCUACUUCUAUUCAUGAACAAAUACUUGCACAAGAGAGGGAAGAGGAGGAACAUUGA